UGAAAAUGUAGCAUCAAUCAAAACAAGAAUACAUGAACUGGUAUGAAUAUCCAAAACAAUUUGCUUUGAAAAAUUUCUGAAAGUGAAUUGUUUUUGUAACAAUAUGUGUAAAUUGACUGGGGAAAAAAAACUGCGUCAUUGUAGCCACUCAGCCCUAAGUGGUUUCACUAAACAAUAGUUUCAGAUAAAUGUAUUCUAAUUUAAAUUUGAUCAGAAUUUGAAUAAACACUGGGAAUGAAGUAAACAAAAGCCCAGCCUGUGAAUGGUCAUUAACAUCUGGAGCAGAGAGGACAACAGUCCUGUUUACUGCUGAUCACAGAGUGGACCAUAUGACCAGAGUAAGAAAAGACACGGGUGGGAGUGACAGACGGAUGGACAUUCAGCAUUUGGACUGAGAAACUGGUGGAAAUAAAGAGUGAAGAUGAAUAAGAACAUGAGCUAUCCAGCAGUUUCCUAACAGGAGGAUUUUAAUAUACGCUCAUUGGGAAUGAAUGGACAACUGGAAACAACUGCUUCAGUCACGCAGGAACAUUUUUUUUCUUGGGAUUUUGCAGGAGCAGAGAGAAUGGCGACCUUCCAAAUGAACUUUGCUGUGUUUCUUUUUUUAACAGCAAACAGCUUCACCUCGUCUUCAGCUCUGUAUGCCCCAAACAGAGCAGUAUCAAAUACCCCAAAGAAGCUCCAGUAUCUCCUUGAGCCGCCGGUCCAUGUAGAAGUCGCUGGCCGAAGGGGAGAUAAUGUCACUUUGCCGUGCAUCAUCAGAACCAAACCAAGACAUUUCAAAAUCAAAUGGACAAAACUGGAGCAUGGGCUCAACGGCCAAGAGAACAUCAUCAUUAUAUCAAACGCAAAGGCCUUCAAGGCGUACGGUCAUCUUGGUCAGAGGGCUUCUCUCCGGGGGGCCCACACCAUGGACGCCUCUCUGCAGCUCAGCCAUCUUGAACUGGAAGAUGGUGGCAGGUAUCGCUGUGAGCUGAUAAAUGGCAUAGAGGAUGAGAAUGUUCUCAUUACUUUGAGGAUUACAGGUGUCAUCUUCCCAUAUCAAAGUAAAAAUGGCCGCUACAAGUUUACAUAUCAUGAAGCCAAAGAGGUCUGUGCCGAGCAAGAUGGUGUUUUGGCCACAUUCAGCCAGCUCUACAGAGCUUGGACCGAGGGGCUGGAUUGGUGCAACGCAGGCUGGCUUCAUGAUGGAACAGUUAAUUAUCCCAUCGUUCAUCCCAGACCAGUCUGUGGAGGAAAUCUGCCCCCAGGCAUUCGUAGUUAUGGGUCAAAAGAUAAAAACCGUGAUCGGUUUGAUGCUUUCUGUUUUACUUCUCAGACAGUAGGCUCUGUCUUCUACAUAUCUGGGUCCUUCGCCUUUGAGCAGGCCGUGAACGCCUGCAAACAUCAGGGAGCUGAAUUGGCUUUGGUCGGCCAGCUUUACGCCGCCUGGCGUUUCCAAAACUACGACCAGUGUGACGGAGGUUGGCUCAAAGACGGCAGCGUCCGGUUUCCCAUUAACAACCCAAGGAAAAAUUGUGGCGGUAUCCCAGAAGCGGGGGUGCGCUCAUUCGGAUUCCCCGACAAAACAAUACACCUUUACGGUGCUUAUUGCUAUAGGUAAAUUAAAGGUGAAAAUAAAUAAAAGUUAAAAUAAAGCUUCACAACUAACUAUGAAAAUGUGGGAAACUAAGAUGUCAGUUACACAACUGUGGUUGUUUUAAACAACACAAACUUCUGGGAUGAGUGAAAGUUAACACAUUAGAAGCAAAUGUGAUGAAUUAAAGCACACAUGCACAAUCAACUUCUAAUUAAUUUACAAUAGAUUUAUGACAGAGCUGCAGCUUUUCAUGUAACGUGUCUCUGGCCUGCUUUCUGUGAACUCAUUCAAGCAAAAAAUCUAUUAACGGUAAACUGUUUAUUCUGUGAAAUUCUUUCUUUCAAGAAUGAUAUGUCUGCAUGCUAAUUUUGGAUUUGCCAAUAAAGUAUGUGGG